CUCGGCGGCAGCAGCGUCAAUGAGCAUCCACAGCAGCGGCAGCAGGGGGCUUGUCAGCGGCGUCAGCAGGAGUCAGUGUUGGGCGGCAGUGGCAGCAGAGCAUGCUGCGGGUCCGAGGAAAAGGUGCCCUGCAGCCUGAUAUCCGCAGGGGACGGAGGGGGCAGCCCAGGACCUGGAGGCCAAGCCUAAGGCCGACUGCCAAGUCCUGCUUCCUCCCAUUGGGGAGGCCAGAAUGCCAGUCAAGAGACACUGAUGAUUCAGAUUACCAGUGAAUUGAAGAAGUUGGCUGCCCAGCCGAAAGAGCUUGAGUAGACAGCAGCAGCGACCUUUUGUAGGCUCUCAAAAGACACCUACGCGAUGGAACAUGCCCAGGGAUUUGGAAAACCGGACUCUGUGUGGAAGGAGGGAAGGAAGUUGUGGAGCCCUCCACAACCACAUCGGCGUCUUCCAAAAAAAAAAAGAAAAGUGUCCGCUUCUCCCUCCAAAACCAGGUCUUCUAUAUCACGGACACCAUGGAAGAUCCUGAGGAGUGCCAGACCGAUGACCUUCCCAGCGACAGGACAGAGGAAGGGGCCACACCUGUCCCUGAUGUGGAUGCGGCGAGAAACAAAAACUCUGCUCCCGAGGGCGUGAUGGAAAGACCCAGUUCGAAGGCAGAGGAAGAAACUGCGACUCUCCCUCAGGAGGAGGCAACCGGAAAUGGUCCAAGUACGUAUUCUAAGAUCAGUCACUUCUUGAGGACAAAUCUAGCUGAUGCACAAAGUGGGGCUUUCUCCUCCUCUUUGGUCUGGAGAGCUUCGCUGAUUCUGGGCUCCUGCUGGGAAUGGAGGCUGGGGUUGAGUGAGAAAAACUGUCCUGUAGAAACUUAUGACCCUGUUCUACAGUCCCUGGAAGCAACUUCCCCGGAUGGCCUGAUGGAUGACCUUUCCUUGGAGAGUGAAGAGGCAAAAGGCCCAUUUUUCACCAAAGUGGUGGCCCUGCUGGAACCUGACAGUGAUUCGCUGGAUAGCACAUGUGACCUUUCCUUGGACAGCAUGGAUGGAGAGGGCCCAUUUUUCACCAAGGUGGCCCUCCUGAAAAGUAAGACAGAUUCCCUGGAGACCGUGUUGGAGGACCUACCCGUGGACAGCGUAGAGGGAGAGGCCCCAUCAGUCCCCAAGGUGGUAGCCCUGCUGGAACCUGACAGUGCAUCACCACUGCUCUCCGCACGCGAAGAGGACUCCACGGAUGAAGAAGAUUCCGAUGGAAGGAGCAACAUUGUGCCUCCCUCAGGAUGCUUCCCUUCAAUCAACGUGGAAGAAAAAACAAAGGAAGCCAUCUCUCAAUCAGAAGAGAAGGACUUAUGAAUGGGUGCACAGCAGGACAGUCUGAGCACGACCCAGAUGCUCCAGACCCUCCAGACGUCCAAGAGAAAGGGAACCAGGAAUGACUUCUGGCUCCAUCUGCAGCUUGAGAAGAAACAUACCUGCAGGAACUGCUCUCCUACACCUGACCUUUGCAGGCCAAAAAGACUUGUGCGGCCGACCAGAGGACGGCACCGGGACCCCUGAGGACGAAACAAGGAGGCUGUCCGAGUCGGUCACCGUACGAAGAGCUGAUGACUGACACUCUGAGGAGGCGGCGACGCUCUGGGCCUUCAACAGUGCAUUGUCCGUGUCUCUCCACUUGGUGCCCAGAAUCCUUCAUGGCAAUAACUUCCAGAUGGGAGAUGGUCCCUACCACUCAGGAAGAUCCACACAAACGGCCUCCCCUGGACUCAGUGGCCUCUGCCGUUCUCAACUCCUACAUAUAUAGGCCCCCAGCUGACCAACAGUGACCCAUAGGUAGGGACAUCUCUAUGCCCCUCUUCAACAGGAAGAAGUUACAGAAGAUGAGACCUUCCACCUUCAACAACCUUCAAGAUUAAAGGGUCAAAACUGUUCACCAGAAGCUGGCACCGAAUACCGCCCCGCCUCCCACGUGAUUUGUGUGACAAUCCUCAGGCACUCCUGGCUGUCCCUGUGCUGUAAU